AUGGAUAAUCAAAUAGUCCAGUACGCUUGUCAUCGAAUGGCACUUCCACUCUAUCCAGUUUUUUCUCAAACUUUCUUUUCAGUAUACAAAGCAAAGCAAAAGCUCCGACAAAUUAUUGUAAAGCCAAAUACCAGAUAUUAUCCUUCAAUAAAGUGUGCGGACAAGAACUAUGGUUCUCAUGAGAAUAUUUCCUUACCCAUUUACCAACCAACUAUUUGGACUCAUAACUUUAUCGAGGCCUUAGAUGUCAAUUUCCCGAUCAACUCCAGGGAGGAGGUGAAGGAGGUAGAGAAGAAGGGAAUGGAAUUGAAUUUUGAUUACAAGAAUGGUGGUUUAAGUAUCUUUGCAAUUGCUUGA